AUGUCAUUCUUACGGCAUUGUCGUGCUGCGACGCGUAGCAUUCCAUCAUCUCGAGGCUUGCUAUUUUCGGCCUCGGCGACAACGCCACUUAUUCUUCGCGGUCCAACUGCAUAUCGUGCAUACAGUACUCAAGCCGAGAAGAAAUCCCGAGGCGGUGCUUUGAUCGCUCUUACUGCCUUGGCCGUCGGUGCUGGUGCUGGAUACUAUUUCUUCUCUCCUGCCCUUAGCACGGCGAAAACUUCCCCCGUUAGCCCUCCGUCACCAGACAGUGGGGAGGUUAAUUAUCAGAAAGUAUACAAUCAAAUUGCCGACAUUCUUGAAGAUAAUGAUUGGGAUGAUGGUUCUUGGGGUCCAAUCUUUGUACGAUUGGCAUGGCAUGCGUCGGGUACUUAUGAUAAGGCAACAAACACAGGUGGAAGUCAUGGUGCUACUAUGAGAUUCGCCCCGGAGAGUGAGCAUGCUGCGAAUGCUGGGUUGAAAGCUGCUAGGAAUAAAUUGGAAUCCGUCAAAACUGCUAAUCCUGCAGUUACGUAUUCUGAUCUGUGGAGUUUGGCUGGUGUCGUGGCUAUUCAAGAAAUGGGUGGUCCUACAAUCCCAUGGAUUCCCGGACGCCGCGAUGCUGAAGCAAUAGCUGCCACUCCUGACGGCCGACUACCCGAUGCAUCAUUGGGAGCCAACCAUCUUCGUGAUAUCUUCUACCGGAUGGGCUUUGACGAUCGCGAAAUAGUCGCUCUUUCAGGUGCCCAUGCGCUCGGCAGAUGUCAUCCCAGCAAUUCUGGAUUCGACGGCCCAUGGACAGCUAGUCCUACUAUUGUUACGAAUGGAUAUUUCAAAGAACUGCUUGAGAAAAAAUGGGUGGAAAAGAAAUGGAAAGGUCCUAAGCAAUAUGUCGAUAAAGAGACGGGCGAUUUAAUGAUGCUUCCAACUGAUUUGGUCCUCAUCCAAGACAGGUCAUUCAGACCAUGGGUAGAGAAAUACGCAGCAGAUGAAAAGCUCUGGUUUAAUGACUUUGCCAAUGCUUUUCACAAGCUCCAGGAAUUAGGUGUUCCGAGAAACGGAAGCGAGAAGGUAUAUUAUUUCAAGCGAACGGACGAACAAUAG